AUGAGCCUUCUGGGCUUUCGUACUACGUAUGAGUUAGCUCUACUCUUCACUUGCCUUUUGGGUGACUUUCUUCCCUCCACUGUAAAAAGCACUCAUGGAAACCUGCCAAGAGCUUUGAUUGACAGUUCUACACACUGGGGCGUGGCCUUUUUCUCAUGGGCAAUCAUUGUUCAGGCAAAGAACUAUAAAGAAUUUGCUGAAUGUCUGUUGUGUGGAGUCCUUGCCAUGGGGAUUGAUGCUGACCAUUUCAUAGCCGCCAGGUCCUUGUCUCUCCAGGCAGCAUUGUCACUGAGUUCACGACCUUUCCUCCACUCAACGACCUUGACCCUGUCCAUAUCUCUCAUUAUCUUCAUAACUGGACACAUUCUAAACAAAGGGUGGAUCAAGCUUCUCUCUGUGAUGUGUUUUAUAGCCUGGACAUCACACCACAUUAGGGAUGGAAGUAGACGAGGCCUCUGGUUUUCUCCCAUUGGAUCCACCCCUCCAAUUCCUUAUAAUCUUUAUGUAAUUUUGACACUUUUAUUGCCACUAUUGGUGAUAUUUAUUCUCAAAUUAUUUAAUUCUGAUUUUAUGAGAUCUGAUUUACACAGACAGUUGUAUGUAGAAGCUAAAUCUAAGAAUGUGCUUCCUAUAUGAUGAAAAGGUUUGAAUAAAAAAGGCAUAAAAUCUACACAAAACAGACUGCAUAUUUUAUUUGAAAGUCAAAGGUUUAGGUUACAUACAUUGUAUGCAUUGAAAAAAAUGAACUAGAUGAAAAUAAAUAUAAAACAAA